AUGCACCUUCCUAAGGCGAGCUGGUUGCUCGCUGCCUGCAUGGGGACUAUGAUCAAUGCUUCUCAAAUACUGGAAGUGGACCUAGUUUUCCCACGCAAUGAAACAUAUGCGCCCACUGACUGGUUCCCUCUUGUCUUUGCUUUUCAGAAUGCUUCGAGUGCGCAAUACCUGAACCCUUCUGUUGAAUUUACGCUAUGGAAUUUGCAAGACGAUAAUGACGCUCUGACCGGUGACCAUGAUCUGAGAGGGCACAAUUGGACUGCCGAAAACACCUACCUUGCCUAUUCAUAUUACUCCCGUUUCAAGAAAGAGGGCCACUACAGAGUGGUCUGGACCGUGACUUGGGAGAGUUGCGACAAGUCGGCUUAUGAAAAAGGGCCCACCACCGGCAUGAUCCAUAACAUGACGACUUGGUCAACCUGGUUCACCAUUCAGGAGUCCGCCCAAAAGGUGGAUCUCGUUGCUGCUACAGCCAACAAGUCAUGCCCCGAGGAAUUCGGUGUGGUGAUCGAUGUAACCGACAAAACAAUGAAGGUCCCCUGGAAUGUGAAAUGGUCUGGCGGUGACUACACCAAUGACACAUGCGCGGUGGUGGCGGCAAACUCAACCGCGACUCACCUACCGGAUCCCUGUCGAGUCCAAAUUGACAAGACCACUGUCGAAAGCAUGGAGGCCUCUUUGCUCGCCAGGUUGUGUGCGGGGUUGAACCCGCCAUCCAAUUGCCCGGAGGAUAAGAAGAAUGCCGGGCAACAACUGGCUGUGGUUGGCAUAUCAUGCCUGAUAGCUACAUUUGGGGCGUUGGGUUUCUUUUUCGUGUGA